AUGAUUAACCACAUUUACGAACUAGUCAACAUCAUCGUGCCGUACUGCUUUAAUCACAACACAGAAUACGAAGCGAUCGACUUGCUGAUCGAAGUAGAUAAAAUUAAUGACAUUCAUUUAUACGUGGAUGAAAAGUCUUGUGAAAGGUCCAUCCUGUAUCUACUCAACAUAACUCAUUACAGUUCCUCCACAGAGGAAUAUUACAAAUUGAUGGAAGUCAUUUUACAUAUAUUGAAGAAGCACAAGAAGCAUGUAGAAUAUCUAAAAAUAUUAUUGAGACUAAAUAGGAGAGAUAAGAUUAAGGACCUCCUUUUUGAAUGUGGUGAUAUGAUAAUGUGCAAACAGAUGGCUUUAAUUUGUUCUAGACAUUCUAUCCAUUUGGAGUUCACCCAGGAAGAAAUGAUUCGAUAUCCUCACUUGGAUCUGAACAAGCUAGCUAGUCUUUCUUCAGGGGAACAUUUAUCUUCUAUAUUUUUGAAGCUAGCCAAAGACUUAGAUGUAGAAGAACCCAAAUUGCCAGAAGAUAUUUACAAAACACAUCUAGAAGAAAAAAGAAAUACAAAUGUGUGGGAUUCUGCAAAACAAAAUUUAUCGUCCUCCUUUGUUAACGCAUUUGUCAAUGCUGCCUUCUGUAAGGAUAAACUAAUGACAGUUAAUUCAUCACUCUGGAUUUUUAAGAAUAAAGAUUAUGGAUUGAUGAGUGCAACUGCAUCUAUGGGAUUACUUCUCAUGUGGAAUAUAGAUGAAGGGUUGUCCCAAAUUGACAAAUUUCAGUACAGCAGCGAUCAGUAUGUGAAGGCAGGUUCUUUGAUGGCCUUCGGGUUAGCUUGUACCAAUGUGAAAAGCGAAUGUGAUCCUGCUUUUGCAUUGUUAUCUGAACACAUAGAUGCAGAAAAUACCAUGGAAAGAAUAGGAGCCAUAUUAGGCUUUGGAUAUGCAUAUGCUGGGUCAGGGAAGGAAAACCUCCUAGAUGUACUCAUCCCACCUUUGGUAGAUAAUGGAUGCAUCAUCGAGUGCAGCGUAUUCGCAGCCGUCUCGUUAGGACUUGUCUUUGUCGGUUCACAAAAUAGAGAAAUUGCAGAAUACAUCAUUGACACUGUUAUGGAGAGAGAAAAGGUCAGUAACUCCCUCGACCAACCUAUCGCCAAAUUAUAUGCAGUCGCCUUAGGUCUUCUCUUCCUCUGUUCAAGAGAAAAAUGUGAAGCUACUCUAUCCGCCUUAGAAGUCAUUAAACACCCAAUCGCAAAAUAUAUGAUAACGACUGUAGAAGGUAUGGCCUUUGCUGGUUCCAAUGACGUUUUGAAGGUCCAAAAAAUGUUACAAGUUUUGGUAGAAAAAAGAAAUGAUAAGAAGGUUAAUGUGGAUACGUUUACCAAACCAGGUGAUCCUCAUCAUCCUCCUCCCCAUGGUGGUAAUUCUGUUGAUGGGAAAACUACUCCCCAGGGUGUGGAACCGAAAGGUCCUGUUUUGGAUGGCAAGCGGGCCAAUACCUUAGGUAGUAAGAACGCUAAGGCUGGAUCAGCUGACGGGAAAGGUAAUGCCAACGCAGGAAAUGGUGCAGGAGGGAAUAACCCCCAGGUGGAGGAUAAUCUAGACCAGUGUGUAGCUAUCCUCAACAUUGCCCUCAUAGCCUUGACGGAUGAUAUCAGUUCCGAAAUGACGACCAGAAUUAUCGAUCACUUUUUACAGUACUCAAACUUGAACCAAAAGAAAGCAGUCCCUUUAGCUCUAGCCUUACUAUUUACGUCCUUCCCAAAGCCGAACAUAGUGGAUAUCCUCUCCAAACUGACUCAUGACCAGGACGCAGAUGUGGCUUUGCAUGCGAUUAUGUCCUUAGGCUUUGUUGGUGCCGGGACGAACAACUCACGAAUAGCUAUACUACUCAGACAACUGUCAACCUUUUAUUGCAAAGAUACUAAUGCCACCUUUGUUGUUAGAUUGUCUCAAGGCCUCCUCUACAUGGGCAAAGGGCUACUAACUAUCAACCCCCUGCAUUCGAGUCGAUCUAUCAUCAACCACGUAGCGCUGGGAUCCUUGCUCGUCACCAUCCACGCGUGUCUCCAACUGAAGACCACCAUAUUGGGCAAGUACCACUACUUGCUGUACCACCUCGUGCCUUGCAUUUACCCGCGCAUGCUCGUCACCGUGAACGAGGACUUGGAGCCCCUUCCCAUCUCGGUGCGCGUAGGCCAGGCCGUCGACGUCGUCGGACAAGCCGGGAAGCCCAAAACAAUCACAGGGUUCCAGACCCACGUGACGCCCGUCCUGCUCCUGCACACGGACCGGGCGGAGAUAGCCACGGAGGAGUACAUCCCCAUCAACGACACGCUCGAAGGAAUCGUCAUUCUGAAGAAGGACCCCAACUACGUGCCGCCAGCGAUCAACUGA